AAAUCAAACAGCAAUGGUGUAAAAAGAGAGAUUGACACUUAAAGAGUAGCUUUCGUCGAGAGGCAAUUGGUAGAUUUGCAAUGUUGUGCUAGUGGAUUCUGGGCUGCUGGGUUGAUUGCGGAGCACAAUGCUGCCUGUAACGAAGCAGUUGUGUCAUCGUGUCAGUCACUUGGUCCCUUUCUGUAGAGCGAGUUUACACAGUAUUUCAGUGACUCCACAAACUGCCUCAACAUCGCUUGCUUCGAAGAUCGCAAGUUCAGAGGGGCUUUCCACCACCUUUUGUCGUCAGAGUUCAUCUAAAGAUGAGUUCGUUUCCAUACUGGGAAUAAAGCUACCUUCACACGAACCAAAACCUGAUGUUGGGCCCACUGGCUUAGGUGAAUCAAGAGAACCACAGCCUUCCACAUGGUUCACAUCAGUCGGCACUUCAACUUCAACUGCUGUUUCCAAUAGCGAUGAGCCUGUUGAGCUGGAAUCAGCGCAAGUGGUUGUGGAAAAGAAGAAGAAGGAGAUUGAUUACCAUGCCUUGCCCAUUGUGCUGGUAAAGUUGACAAAGAACAACACAAGGAUAGUGAUGACACGGGCAGACUAUACGCAUAUUGAAGUGUGGUCAGCGGGCUGUGCUGGUUUUAGUGGUGCAAAACGCGGCACCAAUGUGGCAGGCCAUGCCUGUGGAGAGAUGAUAGCCAAGAGAGCUCGCGAGAAGGGAUUCUCAUUCUGCCGUGUUCUAAUCCGUGGCAUGGGAGCAGCAAGAUUGGAUGCCUUGAAGGGCUUGGAGGCUGGCGGCCUACGUAUUGUAUCCAUUACAGAUGAAACACUUCACACAUCAGGUGCCAACCGACCCAAGAAAAGACGGAGAGUCUAGUCUUUUACCUUAGAGAUAUGUCCUCGUUUGUUGUACUAAUUUUGUUGUUUUUUAUUGACAGCAACAUAAACCCUCGGCUCAUGUGGCAACAUACAUGUAAGACGAAAUCGUCGAAAAGUA